GACCCUUACUGGGACAAAUGAUAUUAGCGACAUGCUGAACCAUGUGCCGGGAGCGAUCAGCUACAAGAAUGAAAAGUCUAUGUGCCAAGUCAAGCAGGGUUAUCGUCAGAUACUCUCAAGCCUGUUUGAUCGUACUAACGCCCAAGCCAUAUCCAUAGUAUUCCUGUGGUUACAAGACCUUGAGAUAACCGCCUGCACGCCAUGCGUCUUUCGGAUCGCUGGUGCUUGCGGAUUACACCGAUCAAACGGUAGGCUGAGCGCGGUAUCGCGCCGAGGACGCCACUCGGAGUCUUGACUACCUAUACUGCGAGCGGAUGAUACGUUCAGCAAACUCGCGACAACUCUGGCUAUAGCACCGUCGCCGGUAAUAUCGUGCCGAAACUGAUGGGAUAGCGUAGAUGCAUCUCUCUGCUUGCCCGAGCUGCCUAUUCCCAGUCAGUGCUGGAUGGCGGCAGAUUCGAGAC